AUGGGAAACCUCGAGGGACACCUGCUGCCAGGAGUGUUCUUCCUCCUCUACACACUCUACUUAUCGGUGCUGGCGUCCUUGGCCUUGCUACGUGGACAGAGGUUUUUCAAGCCCCCUGUACCCCCAAGGGAGAAGCGAGGACACAGGUGGUGGAAUUGGGUACCUGUGGAAGGAGUGGUGAAGGUUGUCAUGGGCUUCGUUGGCAUGAUAGCCGACUUCUUCUACCCCCCAGGAGUCAACCGGCUGAAGAUAGUAGACUGGGAGGACCCUCAGCGACCAUUCUUGUUCCCAAAUAGCUGGCAGCAUGUCACCAUGUACACAUUCUUUCUGCUCAGUGGCCUGGUGGACAUUGUGAGCCAAUCAUGCCAGGCACAGCAGAGCAUGAAGCUGGAGCGAGCAGCUGAGGCCCUGGCCUGCUGUACACUGGCACUGCUAAUGGCAUCCCACGUUGAGCACAAGGACGCCCUGGAGAUCCGCCUGCACAUCUUCUUCAUAGUGCUUGCCUUCCUGGUUGGCCUGGUGCUUAUGAUUGAGGUGUGGGUCCCUGACCAGCCCCCACUCUGGUUCCUCAAGUCCUGGAUGGGGCUGGUGUUCAGCACCUGGCUGCUGCAGAUCUGCACGGUGCUGUACAUUCCUCCUUCUGGGCAGCCCUGGAGAUCAGAAAAUCCUGUGGACCUUGCCUUUCUCACAAUCUUCUUCUGCUGGCACCUGAUUUUAGGGGCAGCUGUGCUGGCCACUGUCUAUGGCAUCUGCAGCCUCUGGCAUCAUCACUGUUCCUCCGGGACAGAUGCCUUAGGUACCAAGUACCAGCCAUGCCCCACAGGCUACAACAGUGAAGAGCUGGACAAACUCAGGGCUGGGACUGAGCUGCUGCAUGAGGGAGUCUAG